AUGCCAGCGCUCCGCUAUUCAGAAGACACCGAACUUAAUGACGCCCUGCGUGCUCGAGGAAUAAUUCCACCUCUUCCUAAAGUCGAAUCUCCACCUGAUAGCCCGAUCCGUUCAAACAAUGAUGAUGCAAAGGACAGGCUGGGCGCACUUCUCGACCAGGCUUCCACAUCUGAUGCGGUGGUAAAACUAGAGCUAGAUGAUUUAGAUUUGGAGGAUGAAUUGCCCACUGAUCUGAUUGAAGCUUGGAGAGAUUCACGACUAGAAGAGCUUGGUGGAGCAGACGCUGUGCGGCGACAAGCAAGUUUUGGUCCAGGAGUUAGACCGAUUGGAAGAGAGGAUUACGUACGAGAAGUAAAUCGAGCAAGCGAAAAGAAUCUUCCUGACUAUGACUCUAAUCGAGAAGGUGGCCGACGAGCUGGAACUGGUGUGGUACUUUGCUUGUGGAAUAAUUCACCGCAAUCUCAACACCUUUUGGCUCUACUGGAGCGAUUAUCAUCCUCAUAUCCGACAACUCAUUGUUUAUCGAUUGCUGGUAGAUCUUGUAUAGACAAUUAUCCGGACGCUAAUCAACCAACACUCUUAUGCUACCGUCAGGGACAGUGCGCACGUCAAUAUGUUGGAAUUGGUAGUGCGGGCAACACUCAAGGGACGCGAUUCAAGGGAUUGGAGACCCGGUUGGAAGAUUUAGAAGCAGAACUCAAGUCGAUUGGGAUGCUGGAUGAGGAUUUAAAAGAUCAAAGAUCUUGCGCCUCUACUCAAGUGGUUUCUAACAAUGAAAAUCCAGAUGAGGAUGAGAGUGAUGAUUCAGAAAGUGCUCGAAAGUCAGCAAGAGGGUCUAGGCAGACGAAAAAUAUUCGAAACGGAUUCAGUGCUCGACAGAGUCACACGAAUGAUGAUGAUUCGGAUCUCGACAUCUGAUGUUGUAUCCAAGUACCAAAAAUGCAUUCAUUGAACAUUGUAUCCAGUUAAUCGAUUUAUCCAGUUGUCAUUCUCAUGAUUGGAUCUUAUUAUGUCAAUCAGGGCUUCCAGUUGUAAUAUCUUAUCAGCAGGUCAUUUUGAUCACAGUGGGUCAAAGGGAAACAGGUUUCCGAAUGAAAAGACUCAUGAAAAGUAUUUCAACGGG